GGUACUUGGAAUUAAGAGAUAUGAAAAAAAAAGAAAAAGAUUUUUCACAAUAUAACCCUCACAAGAAAAAAAAAUAAAAUAUUUAUUCAUUUCAUAACUUUUUUCAAAAUGUUUAAAAUACAAACGUCACGCUACUAAACUACGAUUUUGCACCACUGGCUCCCUUAUUAAAGCUAAGCCCGAAUAUAGCUUUGUUUGUACGUAACUAUGGUUACCAAAACGUGUUUAAUUCAGAGCAAAGAUUGUCAGCAGUACUCAUAACGUAUAUAUUUCUAAAUGAGAAAGUGAGUGUAUGGAAACAUAUACUGAAAAUUAAAGUUAAUAAUAUAUCAAAGAGUAGCGAUUAUAAAAAUGAUUUUAAGUCGAUCAAAACCAGCAAACGAAAGAAGUGAAAGCAGCAAUUCAUCCAAAAGGUCAUUCCCAGAACUAGAAGACUUUAUCUUGAAAAGGGAUUAUUUGGGGGCCAUUACCAUGCUGGAGUUCUUGAGACACGAUGGUAAUACAGAUGUUUGGGUGGUUGUUUGGUCAGCGUGGUGUUGGUUCCAUCUCGGUGAAUAUAAACGGGCUCUGGAUCUUUACCUGGAAGUCGAAGCCCGUAAUAAUCUUGAAGACUCCGUGGCAGAUAACAUAGCACUGGAUUUAGCUGUUUGCUACUUUUAUUUAGGGAUGUAUCCAGAAUCUCAGACAGCCGUCGAGAAGGCGCCCAGCUGCCCUUUGAAGAAUCGCCUUCAGUUUCAUCUUUCCCACAAGCUCGGGGAUGAGGAUGCUCUGAUGCAAGUUCACGCGACCUUGAGAGACGUUCCCGAGGACCAGCUUAGCCUAGCCUCAGUCCAUUACCUGCGUGCUCACUACCAAGAGGCUAUUGAUGUUUAUAAAAAACUUCUUUUAGACAGACGCACAUACAUGGCGUUAAAUGUAUACGUUGCGCUGUGUUAUUACAAACUCGACUACUACGAUGUCUCACAAGAGGUUUUGGGUAUAUAUUUAGCUCAGUAUCCGACAUCAACCGUUGCUGGAAAUCUGAAGGCUUGCAAUUUGUUUAAGUUAUACAACGGCAAAGCAGCUGAGAAUGAAUUGAAGCAAAUAUCUUCGGAACAACAUACAUUCGGACAAGAUCUAGUGAAACAUAAUUUAGUUGUGUUUAAAAAUGGCGAAGGAGCUUUAAAAGUCCUACCAGAACUAGUAGAUGUUGUGCCGGAAGCAAGAUUAAAUCUAGCAGGUUACAAACUUAGACACAGAGAGCCGUUGGAGGCGAGGAUGUUACUAGAACCACUGCAACCGACAUCUCCUCUGCACUAUAUACUUAGGGCUGUGGUGGCUGUAAGACUAUAUAACGAAACCAAUGAUGAAGAGCAGAUGAAGUUGGCUCAACAGAGUUUCCACAUUGUUGGCAGCUCGGCUUCAGAAUGCGAUACAAUUCCUGGACGUCAAUGCAUGGCAUCCUCAUACUUUCUGGCUGGCCAGUUUGAGGAAGUGCUGGUGUACCUUAACUCAAUUAAAAGCUUCUUUGUUAACGAUGACACAUUUAACUUCAACUACGGACAGGCAAAAGUAGCAACUGGCUUUUAUCGCGAAGCAGAGGAGAGCUUGCUAGCCAUCCAAGAUGAGAACAUCCGCAACUCUUUUACUUAUCUUGCUUGUCUUUGUCGAUGUCAUGUAAUGAAUAAAGAGGCUCAUCUUGCAUGGGAAAUUUGUGUCAAGUCAGCCGGAACCCCAGACAGCUUCGCGCUUCUUCAACUGGUAGCCAACGAUAGUUAUCGAAUGGGGCAGUUUCUUGUCGCCGCUAAGGCUUUCCAUAUGUUGGACAGAUUAGACGGUGGUCCAGAGAUGUGGGAGGGUCUUCGUGGGGCGGUGUGCGGCUGUGCUCAAAGUGCUGCCGCUGGUGCUCGGUCCGGACAGCUGAGAGAGGCACUCGCUCUCCUGAGGGGCGCACAUCCGCGGGCAGAACAUAUAGUAAGACCCAUAGUGCGGUGGGCCCACCAGAAUAGAAUUCAAGUUUAGAUAAUAACAAGCUGUUUUUUAAAGAUUUAUUGUAUUCUUUUUAAAACCUUACAACACAGAUCUGUUAAUAAAAUUAUUAGAUAAACCCAAAAA